CUGCAGUAGUGUUUUAUCAUGAGCACUUGUAUGUUGUUACAGAAAGAGACUGAAAAAGGCUCCUGUUGACCCUCAGAGAGCAGCAUCUCCAGUGUUCAGCUGUGUGUCCAUGAAGAGCAACAGAUCCAUGCAUCAGCCUCCCCAAUUCAGUGAUGGAUCUGCUGUGAGAUCUGCGUCUGUUGAUCUAUGGAUGAAGCAAACAGAACAGCAGCUCUUGCCUCAUGAAAGUGAACUGCAGAUGAAUGAGACGAGACCUCAGCUCUGGCCUAAUGGAUGUGAACAACAGUUGAAGGACACAAGACCUCAGCCCUGGCCUACUGGAAAUGAACAACAGUUGAAGGACACAAGACCUCAGCUCUGGCCUAAUGGAUGUGAACAACAGUUGAAGGACACAAUACCUCAGCUCUGGCCUAAUGGAAGUGAACAACAGUUGAAGGACACGAGACCUCAGCUCUGGCCUAAUGGAAGUGAACUACAGUUGAAGGACACGAGACCUCAGCUCUGGCCUAAUGGAUGUGAACAACAGUUGAAGGACACGAGACCUCAGCUCUGGCCUAAUGGAUGUGAACAACAGUUGAAGGACACGAGACCUCAGCUCUGGCCUAAUGGAAGUGAACUACAGCUGAAAGACACGAGACCUCAGCUCUGGCCUAAUGGAAGUGAACAACAGUUGAAGGACACGAGACCUCAGCUCUGGCCUAAUGGAUGUGAACAACAGUUGAAGGACACAAGACCUCAGCUCUGGCCUAAUGGAAAUGAACAACAGUUGAAGGACACGAGACCUCAGCUCUGGCCUAAUGGAUAUGAACCACAGUUGAAGGACACGAGACCUCAGCUCUGGCCUAAUGGAAAUGAACAACAGUUGAAGGACACAAGGCCUCAGCUCUGGCCUAAUGGAAGUGAACUACAGUUGAAGGACACAAGACCUCAGCUCUGGCCUAAUGGAUGUGAACAACAGUUGAAGGACACAAGGCCUCAGCUCUGGCCUAAUGGAAAUGAACAACAGUUGAAGGACACGAGACCUCAGCUCUGGCCUAAUGGAAGUGAACUACAGUUGAAGGACACAAGGCCUCAGCUCUGGCCUAAUGGAACUGAACAACAGUUGAAGGACACAAGGCCUCAGCUCUGGCCUAAUGGAAAUGAACAACAGUUGAAGGACACGAGACCUCAGCUCUGGCCAAAUGGAUGUGAACAACAGUUCUUGGAUAUAAGACCUCAGCUCUGGCCUAAUGGAAAUAAACAACAGUUGAAGGACACAAGACCUCAGCUCUGGCCUCAUGAUCAUGGAGCUCCACUGAGGUCUUUCAGGCCUAUUUCUCCAGUUCAGUUCAUUGGUCCAGUGGCUCAGUGGUGGUCUUCUCAAUGGUCAUUUAUGCCGCAGGCUUCAGCUUGGCCAAUUAACCCACCAGCUCCACCACAGUCUUCAGGGUCUCUGUCUGUGUCCAGACCAUUCACCUCAUCACAUCCAGCAGGAUUCUCCAUCUCUCCACAUUUAUCCUCAAUCACACCAGUUUCACCACAGACUCCUCAUUGGUCCUCCAGACCUACACAUACUCCCUGGUCUGUUGGCAAGUAA